GAAUUCUCAGGUUUAGGAGGAGGGAAGGGGCUAGGGUUUUGAUUUGGCAGGGAGACUUUGAAUUUCGGCCACUUUCUCAAACUAAGAAUCAUCGGAGCAAUGGGGAUGGAUCGGGGCGAUGGUCGUACUCCGAACCAGAUGCGGCCGCUCGCGUGCUCUCGCAAUCUCCUUCACCGUGCCCAUGGUUCUGCUCGCUGGUCCCAAGGCAAUACUAUUGUUCUGGCUGGUGUUUAUGGACCAAAAGCUGGGACGAGAAAGGGUGAAAACCCUGAACUGGCUUCUAUUGAAGUUAUCUGGAAACCCAAAACUGGACAAAUAGGUAAACAGGAGAAAGAGUAUGAGAUUAUCCUAAGGAGAACCUUGCGAAGCAUCUGCCUUCUGACUGUUCAUCCAAACACAACAACUUCAGUUAUAUUACAGGUUGUUGGUGAUGAUGGUGCUCUUCUCCCAUGUGCCAUAAAUGCGUCUUGUGCUGCACUUGUUGAUGCUGGUAUCCCUUUAAAGCAUCUUGCUGUUGCAAUCUGUUGUGCCCUAACAGAGCAUGGAUCUUUGAUUCUAGAUCCUACAAAGAUUGAGGAGCAGAAAUUGCAGGCGAUUGCAAAUUUGGUUUUUCCAAAUCCUCCUACUUCAGUCAUUCCUAAAGGCUCGUCGCCAUCUGCAGAAGAACCAUUUGAGCAUGGAAUUAUAACUUCUGUCACCCAUGGAGCAAUGCCAGUUGAUGACUACUUCAACUGCCUUGAACGUGGACGUGCUGCUUGUUCAAAAAUCUCAGAAUUUUUUAGGAAAAGCUUGCAGUCAGAUUUGCCAGACAAUGCUUCAAAAGCUAGAUAAAUUAAAGAUCCUCUGGUAAACCUCACCGUUGAAUGUCAUCAAAAGCUAGAAUUUUUUUUUUUAAUGAAUAACUGUACUUGUAUGAUUGUUUAUUAAAAGUCAGAUGUGUUAAUGUUAUAUUAAUCUUGAUUGAGCCUAAAAAAUUAACAGUAUCAUA